GUACCUUAACUUGGCCUGUAAGGGUUUGUCAGCCUGUUAAACUGUAUUUAGGCAUAUGCUGUGUUGCGUUGAUGCUAAGUUGCAGAGAGACUUUGGUAACUUUGCCAAUGCCUGGUGUUCCCCAUAUUCUCCUUUGACUUCUCGACAUCCCUUCCGCUUGCUGCCAUCUCGCCUCUUAAACCUCCCCUUUCUCCUCCCGGGUCUCCCCUCAGACAAGUACGCAGUCCGCUUUAUCCCCCGCGAGAACGGCAUCUACUCCGUCGACGUCAAGUUCAACGGCAGCCACAUCCCCGGCAGCCCCUUCAAGAUCCGUGUCGGGGAGGUGGGCCAGACCGGAGACCCGGGGAUGGUUUCUGCCUACGGCCCCGGCUUGGAGGGCGGUGUGACAGGGAAUCCCGCUGAGUUCAUCGUCAACACCACCAACGCGGGUCCUGGGGCGCUGGCGGUCACCAUCGACGGUCCCUCUAAGGUGAAGAUGGACUGCCUGGAGUGUCCGGAAGGCUACAAGGUCAUCUACACACCCAUGGCACCGGGCAGCUACCUCAUCUCCAUUAAGUAUGGCGGCCCGUACCACAUCGCCGGCAGCCCCUUCAAGGCCAAAAUCACAGGUAAGCGCCCCCCAGGGAACAACAUGUUGCUGGUGGGGGUCCACGGCCCCAAGACCCCCUGCGAGGAGAUCGUGGUGAAGCACCUGGGCAACCGCCUCUACAACGUCACCUACCUGCUGAAGGACAGAGGGGACUACGUGCUGGUGGUGAAGUGGGGGGACGAGCACAUCCCCGGCAGCCCCUUCCACAUCUCCGUGCCUUAAGCCCCACCCCCCCUCCCGCCUCGUCAUCGCACCGCCCCUCCCGAGGCCCCCCGCUCUGUAGCGCCACUGAUGCCUCCCACCGAAGACGCCGCCUCUCGGCUGGGGCCGCGUGUUUGCGUGCCAGUGAGGCUGGCGAUGGGGGUGGGGGGGGAACCAGGUUACCCUUAAAGUAAGCAAAGGGGUGGGUGGGUCAGAAUUUCCUGUGGAUCUGUUUACAUGCCGCCGCACUAACUCCCCCCACCCAGUUGGUCAGGGACUUCCUCUCCUCCCCUCGGAAGGGGAGGGGCAGGGGUGACCACACACUUCUUUCCUUGCCAAAGCACUGCCUUUCGUGCCCGUGGGACUGAAUCUAUGUGCCCCCCCCCCCCC